CCAUCCUUCACGUUCACAUCUCUAUCUCUCUAUCUUCUCUAUCUAGGAAAUGUCAACAUUAAGCCAUCUCUUUGACCUUCAGCAAGAACAAAUUUGCUAUGUUCAAUGUGGGUUCUGCACCACUGUUUUGCUGGUUAGUGUACCAUGUAGCUGCUUAUCCAUGGUGGUUACAGUCAAGUGUGGCCAUUGCGCAGGUCUCCUUUCAGUGAACAUGAUGAGAUCCUCUUUUCUUCCUCUUCAUCUGCUUCCUUCUAUUAAUAACCAAGAAGAGCCAACGGUGGAAGUUUGUAAAGAAGACGAAGAAGUAGCUAAACCACCAGUGAGCAAGCGUAGCUCUUCCCCUCUCAUCUCAACAUCCUCAUCAGAUGAAGACAACGAAGAUGAUCUUGUUUUAGUUAACCAUGUUGUCAACAAGCCCCCGGAAAAGAGGCAACGUGCUCCAUCCGCAUAUAACAAAUUCAUCAAAGAAGAGAUCAUAAGGCUGAAGACACAGCAUCCCAACAUUUCUCAUAAGCUAGCCUUUAGUACAGCAGCCAAAAAUUGGGCUCAUUCACCACCAAGUCAACAGAACCAAGGAGAGAAAUCAAAGGCUUCGGGUAAUGAACCCACAGUGAUGAUUCAGGAGCUUGGUUCGGAGAAGCCUUCUUAAGUUAACACACUCAUACAAUGCAAGCCGAAGAACAUGUUGCGGAUUAGAGGCUAGCUAGUGACUAAGUAGUUAUAAGUUUCGUUCUAAUUAUGGCCGGUGAUAAUUUCAUUUGAUUUGAAGCCUUAAUUAAUCUAUAGCCAAUUAACGUAACACCACCUUUAAUUUA